AUGGAUAUCGACAUCGACAUUGCUACAUUCGAACCAAACAGCGAUAGUUGUAGUAGUACCGCCAACAGAAGAGAAAAUAACAAUAGUGUAGAACUAAUUGUCGACUCCGAACUGUCAACCAACUUACUGUCCUUUCCACGUAAAAGACCCUUGCGAUAUGAUGAUCCCUUCUUUCAGGAAGGCACCUUUGAAUAUAAGGCGGCAUGGCUCCGCUUAGAAGACACGAACGCUUAUAUCCCAAACAUUACAAGCGAGGAAGAGGAAGAGAAUGAUAAAAACAAGACACUAUCUCUGGCAUCGCAAGUAUGCUAUCAUGACCGCUGUCAUGGAGAACAGAUAUUCUCUAGCGUAGUGGCCUAUGAGCACCAUUAUGAGACGAACCAUCGCCAUAUAUGCCAGAGUUGUCGAAAGUCAUUUCCAGGCGAGAAGUGGCUUGAUCUCCAUAUUCAUGAAGUUCAUGAUGUCUUGAUCAAGAUCAGGCGAGAGCGUGGCGAGAAGACGUACCAGUGUUUUGUUGAAGGAUGCGAUCGACUAUGUUCAACUCCGGUCAAGAGACGGCGUCAUUUGAUAGAUAAACAUCACUAUCCAAAGUGGUUCAAUUUUGAUCUUGUCCUUACAGGUGUUAUACCAUUCAAUGAGAGAAUGCGCCAGCUCCAUAAGGAGCAGGCUUUAUGGAAAUCAAGGGCACAGCCACGUCAACAGCAAAUAAACGAUGUACAAAAGAGCGAUCAUCAUCAACAGCAGCAUCGUCGGAAGAAAGAUCAUAAUUUAAAUGAAAAAGGAAUUGCAGGAAGUAUGGAUAUUGAAACUCAUUCGUUGACAGUGAAUGGGGCCUCAAGGAAACCACAGAGCAGUAGCAUUGAAUUAUCAUUACCUUCUUCUUCAACACCAUCCAAGUGUGGACUGACCCGAGUAAACAUUAUUACAACAGGGCUUGUACCUAAAACGAAAGCCUUUAGGCAAUACCGGUCACCUCAGACGAACAUGGCAGCAACAGUGAGGCAAAGAGAUGUGGUAAUGCAUGAUCAGGAUAUGGCGACGGAUAUUAUCCAUACGUCAGCAGCAAAAAAUAUAGCAGCACCAGUACCGAUAACAACAGCAAUAACGAUGCACGGAUCUGAAGACAAAAUAGAUAUGGAGAUAGAUUCAUUGCAGAAGAGCAUGGCUCGGUUAAUGAUCCCACGAUCUGUUGCUAAUAAGAUGCGGAGCAGUAAUCAAAAAUAG